AUGGAUUUGACAGAUGAACAACAAACUAUUCUUAAGAAGGAAUGUGAAAAUCUUAGUAUAAAGUUAGAUGCUCAAGAAUUAAUUCACAACGAUAAACAUAUGGAACUUACUUUGUCCCUAGAAAAUAAAGUCAAAGAAGAAAUAAAUCAUACUGACUGUAAUAAUGAAAAAUUGUGUAGAAUAUGUUUAUCAACAAAAGGCAAUUUAUUUACAAAAACAUCAUAUUUAUAUGAAGAUAUCUUAUACAUGUAUUCAUCGAUAACAUCAAUAGAAGUGAAUUCUGAUGAAGUUCCCUUCCAGAUAUGUGAGCUUUGUAAAAACGACCUCAGCUUUUGCUACGAUUUUAAGAACAAAUGUCAAAAAUCGGAUAUAGCUUUCAAAUUUCUAAUUGGUGAAUUAAGAACUGAAGAGGAAAUUGGCACAAGGUCAAUUACUGACUAUAAGGUGAAAGAAAACGAUAAUGAACACUAUGACACAAAAGAAGAACUGGAAGAGCAUGAAGAUAUACAGUAUUUGGAUGAUAUAAACGAAUUUGAUGAUGACGGAGACGACAUUACAUUAAAUUUGAUAAAAAAUGCAGAACAGGCUAGACAGAACAAUGCAAACAUCUCUAUAACAGAUUCAAGUACUUUCCAUAAAAAAAUUUCAUCAAAGAGAAACCAUAAAGUAGUUAAUGCAAAAAAGAAAUCACAUUUUUGUUCAUUGUGUUCUAAGAAAUUUCUAAAAGCGAAGACAUUGAAAGCCCACAUCAAAAGCGAACAUGGGUCAGAGAAACUUCCACACGACUGUGACCAAUGCAAUGAGUCAUUUAAUUCCGAGCAUGAUUUGCGUUUGCAUUCAAGUUUGCAUGCAAAAAGUGCCACAUGGAUUUGCAUCGAGUGCCAUAAGACAUUUGAAGUUAGAUCUGGACUGCGGCGACACAUCCAGCGACACAUGCAGACGAAGCGGCACGAGUGCGGCGCGUGCGGCAAGGCGUUCGCCGAGCGUUACGCGCUGCGCCGCCACGCGCGAGUGCACACCGGCGAGCAGCCCGACAAGCGCCACGCCUGCACCAUAUGCGACAAGAGGUAUAAUACGAGCGCGCUCCUCGCGUCACACAUGUCUAGGCACAGCGGCGUGCGGCCGUGCGUGUGCAGCUGCGGCAAGUCGUUCCCGUCGCAGCGCCUGCUCGCCUCGCACCGCCUCGUGCACUCCGACCGCAAGCCCUACGCCUGCCAGUACUGCGACAAGACUUUCCGACAUGAGUCAACACGGAACACCCAUCAUCGGACACACACGGGCGAGAAACCAUUCAUCUGUGCUUCGUGUGGAAAGACCUUCAUUCAGCGUUCCAACCUUGUACUGCACAUGCGCACACACACUGGAGAGAGGCCGUAUUCCUGCAAGAUGUGCGACCGCAAAUUCGCUUCGGGUUCAUCAUUGAAGACUCACGUGAGGACUCACACCGGAGACAAGCCCUACGCCUGUCCAGUUUGCGAGAAGAGAUUCGCGCGUCAAGACAUGCGCGCACACAUGGCGCAGCACACGGGCGUGCGGCCGCACGCGUGCGCGGUCUGCUCCAAGCGCUUCGCCAGCGCCUGGCGGCUGCGGGACCACUGUCGACAACAUACUGGUGAAAAACCAUACGAAUGCGCGUUCUGCACGGAUGUAUUUGCAACAAAAUCUAGGCUGAUGAAACACUUUAAAGUGCACCAGAAUCAAAAGAAAUCAACAGAGAAAAAAGAGGAAGUGUACAUAGUUCGAGAACUCGACUUGACCACCAACUCGAUUAUCGUGACCAAUGAAGUAGUAUGUUCCGAAGAUAAAAAAGAUACGACAAAUGUCGAUGUCGAUGACGAUGAAAAUACUAAAAGUGAUGCAACCACAAGUCAGAAACUAAAUAUUGCUCAAGCUGAGAAACUAGAUAUCGCUAAAAAUAAGAAACUUGAUAUCGCUCAAGGUCAAAAACUUGAUGUCGUUCAACAUCAGAAGCUAGAAAUCGCUCAAGACAUGCCAUUAGAAGUAACAGAAGAAGUUGUAUUGCAAGAGGAUAGCGAUAUAAAGCCCGAAAUAUUAGUGGUACAGAACGUGCAAAAUAAUGGCGAUUAUCAAACAAGUGAUAUAUGCUUGACUGCAGAUGGUGUUAAUUUUGUCAAUGACAUAAAUUGCAGUGGUGACGUCAACUUUGUUACGGUAAAUGAAGAAGGAGUAAGUAUUGCCUCGAGUGCUGUGCUAGAGGGCACCACUGUCAAGCUGUAUCAGUUAGACCAAAGCCUAGUUCAAAUACAUAGGUCGGGUAAACAAUUAACCAUUAGUAAAGUAACUAGUAAAAUGGCAGAUAAUUUAUAA